UGAAAGCGCGCAAACUUAUAAACUAUUUCGGACUUAAAUGAAUCCACCGCCCAGUCGAGGACGUGCACCAUCCAGAUUCGUGCGGGGGCGUGGUCGUGGUGGCGGUGCCUACCGACCGUACUUUUACUUCCGACGCAAUGGGCGUGUGAUUCCUGCCCGCGGUAAUCGACAACCCAAUCAGGAGCAGCCCGCAGCAUCAGACGAACCAAGUAGAGCACCGCCUGCAAAUCAGCAACCAAGAGGAUGGAGCCGCACUGCCAGCAAACGCGGACGCAACACCAACAUGGACUGCAGCUUUCUGCGACCGGAAAACUACGCUGCCCCAGAGGAUGGACUCCAGGUGCAGAGCAUUGCGGUCGACAAUCCGAGGGCCUAUCCCGGUUGGCGGCUGUAUUUUCUGCGGGAGAAAUAUGAGGAGGGCAACGAGUUGGCCAGAAGGAUUAUGGCCGUGGAGGCGCACUACCAGCGCAAUCCGCACAACUAUGAUUUCAUGAAAAUCCGGGAUCAGGGAUUCUUUUCGCUGCCCGCCAAAACCAUUCUCCAGGAUGAGCAGCUAAAGCAGGUUUGGCCUGGUCUGGCGGAGGAUAUUCGGGAGCACCCACUCCGCACGCUGGACACUCUAUCGCUGGCCAUGCACACAGUGGUGGUUAACCACCUUUUAGAUUGCAGUGACUCCGCCGCCAGUUCCAUCUCCACGCCAGAGCAGUACAUUCCACCAACACCGCGGCUUCGCAAGAUCUAUGUGCGACCGUGGAACUUUUUGCCCGUGGAUACGAUGGAAGGGAUCAGUCACUCCCGCGUGGACACUCUGAUUGCCAUUCGGGGCACCGUGAGUGGUGUGGGUGAGCCCAGCUACAGCCUCACUUGGCAGGCCUUUCGCUGCAGUCGCUGCCAAAUGGAGAUGGCAAUGCGCCAGCGGGGAACCUUCCAGCCGCGUCCCUACACCUGCAAGAGAUCCGAGUGCGUGGCGCGCGAUGGCUUUCUGCCUCUUAGGAACUCUCCAUACACACGGCUCUCCGUUCGACAGAUCAUUCGCCUGGAGGAGUCCAGUCUGGCGCAAGUUCAUGACUUUGAGAGCAGCUUGCCCGGCGAGAUGGACGUUGAGCUGCGACACGAUCUGGUAGAUACGCUGCGAGUGGGUCAGGAAGUCGUGAUAACCGGAAUCCUCAAGCUGCAGGAACUGGGCGAGGAUGCUUCCACAGGAGACGUUUCCAACCAGAUGCAGGCCUACCUUAAGGCGGUAAGCAUCCGCGAUGCAGCUGCCCUCAAGCGAGAGUUCAGCGAGCGGGACUUGGAAGCCAUUGCCAUGAUCAACGGUGAACCGAAUAGCUUCAAGCUGAUUGUGCAGUCCAUUGCCCCAGAGGUUUACGGCCAUGAGCUGCCCAAGGCAGCCUGUCUGCUUUCCCUUCUCGGGGGUAGAGGAGCGGAGGCUGAAGCCAUCAACGUUCUGCUGGUGGGAGAUCCCGGCAUUGGCAAGACUAAGAUCCUGCAGAGCUGCGCACAGAUCACGGAGCGCGGUGCCCACGUGAGUGGAAAAAAAGGUGCCCAGUCUGCCCAGCAUCUGGGUGUGACCUUCGCUGGAAGGAACAAGCGUGUCCUGCAAGCUGGUGCCUUAAUGUCAGCUAGUGGUGGAGGCCACUGCACCCUGGACGAUGUGGACAAGCUGGCCUCCAAGCAAGCCAUUCUGCUGCAGUGCCUGCAAUCGGGUGAGGUGAAUCUCCCACUUCCGGGAGCCUUUGGAUCGUUUCCCACCCAACCAUCGGUGAUUGCCUGCGCAAAUCCGCAAAGGGGACAGUACGAUGAAGGCCGUUAUCUUCUUCAGAAUAUUAACAUUACGCCUUCAUUGCUCCGGGAGUUUCACCUGGUCUACGUGCUCCUGGACAAGCCUUCGGAGAGGGACAUGUCCUUGACUGCUCACGUUAGAGCUCUCCAUGCUGGGGCUAAAAAGCGGGCCAGAAUUGCAGCUCGAUAUGCUCUGAAGCCCAAAAUGAGUGACUCCAUGAACGAGGCUACAUUUAAUGUACCAGCGGCGGGAACAGAAGAUGACACAAUGAAAACGGAGGACGACAACGACAGCAUCUUGCAGCAGGACUACGAUCUGGAUAAGAAGCUGGAACUGCUGCCGGAGGAAGGGGACUUAGACCUGCUGCCACCAGUUUUGAUCAAGAAAUUCGUUGCCUACGCCCGCCAGGAAGUGAAUCCUCUAUUAAACGAAGAAGCUGGCAACGCCAUCCUGCGAUUCUUCCUGGAACUGCAAGGAAGAAACGGGCAGGAUGAAGGCGACUCCAGCCAAAUCGGAGUGGGACAACUUCUUGGCCUGAUUCACCUGUCCCAGGCACGUGCCCGUCUGGAUCUGUCCCAUGUAGUCAAUCCACAACAUGUUCGCGAUGUGAUAUCCCUUCUGACCGCGAGCAUCACACAGACCAGCCUUAAGUCAGACUCCGGUGGAUCCGGAGCGCGUGGAGGAGGUGGUGGCGGCGUUGGAAAAGGCGCUCAACUGCGCAAUUUUGUGCACUUGGUGCAAAAACGCUCGGCAGCUUUGGGACGGCGCAUAUUUGAAUAUGAGGAGUUGAAGGAGAUCGGGUCGCGGGCUGGAAUCUUAACCAACAUCAGCCAGGUGGUGGAGAUGGCCAACUUGGGCGGCUAUUUGCUCAUGAAGGGUGCAAACAUGUACGAAGUGGUUCCGGACUGAGCAAAUUGCAAAUACCCGUAUCAAUAUUUGACUAGUAUCUGUGGUUUUCUUCCCUGUUAACUAUUAGUUAAGUGGUUGUUAAACUGAGCUAAAAUGUCUAGCAAUAAAUUAAAAAUAACUAUUACGGAA